AUGGAAGAAAUCUUUAUCCCAAUUGGCGCGAGUAGAUUUUUUCUUGCAAUUGCUGGGUUUGUCUACUGUAAACGUCGGCGACGCCAGCGACUGCCUCAUGGGAUCGAUGAAGUUGAUCAAGGCAACAACGAAAGAAGACACCUUGUUGAUAGACACGCUGAACGAGCCCCAUCUGAAAUCGAUAGUUAUAUUAACCCAAUAGUAGAAGAGAGAUCUGAACCACUGACGACAAAAUCUUGUGAUAUCACCGUGUCUAAGAGUAAAGACGAGUUCAACAAGCAAAGUGCGUCUGCGUAACAAUGUCCAAUGUUUUAAAACUUUUCCCAAUUAACUCGUCUUCUUCAGUAUGGACACACCUACAUGUACAGAAAAAAAUGUUGCAGAAUUUUUAAACAAAUAGCUUACUCAAAAGAAUCUUGCCAGUUCAUAGGUUAAAGCAGCUGGAACAGAUGAGUUUACUACGUAAUAUUCGCCAGUAGUCUAAUUUCUUAUUUUAUUAUACCAUUUGUACUUCUUAAUGAUAUUAUUAGCAUUAUUCCUCACGUUACUUGCGCUUUUCACAUCAAAAUCGACACAAACUAACAACUAUAGCGGUCGGCCAUGCUUUCAAGAGCUCCCGCUCUUGCAAAUGUCUACGCAAGAAAGGAACCGAGAAGAACGUCUGGGUUAAAGAAUGUUAUUCUUUUUCCUUCAUUCCUUUCCUUAUUUGCAAAUAAGCAUCAGUCAACUGCACUCUGAUUUAAAAAUUGUUUAUGUUUAGUUGUAUAAUCUAUACCAUGUUGUUCCUAUAGUUUCCUUUGUAUUUUCUAUUUUAUUUUUCUGUAUCUGAAUAGUGUGAAUAAAAGAUGGUGAAGAUGACAAUGAUGAUGCCAACAUGAUUCGCUUGAUUAUCAUGGCAGUAUUGUAUAUGAAAAACUACUUGUCAGGCCCGUAGCCGGGGUUUUCUACGGGGAGGUGCGAUCCAACGUGGAGACGGACCAAAUAAGGCCGGAAGGGGCAAGUCUCUAGGGGGAGGGGAAGCUUUAGUUGUUUGAGUUAUCAAGGUUGCAACUGGAGGGGCUCACUUCGAAUGCGUUUAAUAGCGUGAGUCACCGGGGGUGGUCCGGGGGCAUGCUACCCGGAAAAUUUUUAAAUUUAAGCCCUUUGAAAUGGCUGGAAAUUAAUAUAAAAAAUUAAAAUGGUGUGGUGAAACUUGGUAUACUUUCAACAUCAAGAAACGUCGCUAUAAAAAAAAACCGUCUCCACAAAACGCAUGAUACAACAACAACUAUUCUCCCAACCUUCGACAUUUUUCGAUAAGAAAAUCAUCGCAUUUAUAGUUGCAACUUUUGCAGUUGCGAAAAGAAAGCCUGAAAAAAAUUCAGGCUUGUACGGGAUUCGAACCCUCGACCUCUGCCAUACCAUAUUUUUUCUUAAAGUUUUCUUAGAAUGGGAAAAAAGAUCCUUGUGCCGCGUUGACGAUGUAAUAAUGAUCGCCUUUUUCCCGAGAAAUAUACUGUGAAAGACCAUAUUUCUAAUACUAAACUAGAAAAAGGCGAUCAUUAUUACAUCCAAACACGGCACAAGGAUCUUUUUUUCCAUUAAAAUCUUAUUCUAAGAAAAAUUUUAGAAAAAAUGUCCCGAAAAGCGCUCGAAAAUAUAAACAAAAUGUGCUCAUGCCCCCUGGGCAUCCUAUAACACUCCUUAAAUCGAAUUAAUUCAAUAUGGCCGCCGUAUCGGUAAAAAGGUCUAUUGAGCUAACAAGCCAACUGGAAGCAGGUCCUUAAAUUGGUUCAAUUUGUUAUAAACGCGUGGUUCGUUACAAACCAGUAUAUCAGAGGUCAAGGGUUCGAAUCCCGUACAAGCCUGAAUUUUUUUCAGGCUUUCUUUUCGCAACUGCAAAAGUUGCGUCUAUAACUGCGGUGAUAUUCUCUCAUAAUUGCUUUUUACUGUUGAUAAGUGGGGGGCUUGGUACCGCUUUUACAGCAUUUUCAAUUUCACUACACAAUCUGUAAAUUAGAAUAGAACAAUACUGUUACUUCACUUUGUUUUAAAUCCCUGAUCAAUAAAAAAAGUGGACCUCUUGCGACUGUGGGGAAGUGCGAGCGCACCCGUGGCACCCCCUCUCCCUACGGGCCUGCUUUUUAUUCCUUGCAAUUUCAUUUACAACUAUAGUUUUUUUUAUUAUUUUUCUUAUUUUCUUUAAACGAUGGUUGAUGUAAGUAGGUAUUUGACAUGAUUUGAGCCACCAUUAAUAAGGAGGUCCGAGCCGUCUGGGUUGCGAACUUGUGAUAUCAACACACCCUUCGAGUAACCGGGCCCGGUUUAUUACCUAGAAAAGUAAGAAUGAAGAUACUGCAUCGAUUAGUGAUAAAAGCGAAGAAUAAUUGUUUGUGGCUUUAUAGCCAUUAACGGUCUUCUAAAAGCAUCAGAAUUUACAUGUAUGAGUCCAGAUGCUACAAAUGCGAUCAAGCUGCAGUCUCUGUUGACUUGUCGAGAACCUUCACGCAACAACGAAGAUGAAAAACCCAGCACCAAGUUUGCUAGACUACUGCCGAGAUUUUGGAAAGGCAAUGAGAGAUAUCUAUUAAGCAAAUUAAUACUUCACCAACUGGAAACCCAUUAUUCUGUUCCAGAGCUCGCAAUGAAACUUUCUGCUAUUGCAAAAUUAAAUCCGAUUUCAGUAGUACCUGUGGACAAAACGAACAUUGCAAAGAUGAGGGAAUGGGCGAGUGAACAUGAGCAGUGUGUUCGAAAGCUUACUGUUAGGUAGCAAACAAUUAAAUUUUCAGCUGGCACAUUGUCUAUAGCCUAUGGGCUAUAAACAUACCACAAGAUCCUCUCAACAGCAAUGUGGAAGAAGAAGUCAUUGAAAGAGAGAAAGAGGAAGUCAUUGAAGAGUAUGACAGAAACCGGAAACCGCGCUAGAAAAGUCUCUGGCACCCAGGGUAAGUAUGACUCUGACUUUGCUUCCAAUUUAUCUUCGCCUCAACUAUGUGAGGAUGAGGAUAUGAAGAGUGAUGUUGUGGUGAGUUCAACCUUAAAAACGCGAAAUGGCAGACAAAUAAAAGCAGUGGUUAGGCUGAAUUUGUAAGACCUCUUGAAAGAAACUAAUAUUCAGGCUGCUUCGAAAGUGUUCAAGAAAAUUGAAAACUGGAAAGUGAGAUUAAACUUAUUUUGGGGAGUCUUGAGGGUAAGCGAAAAAGGGAAAAAACUACGCUAUAAACGGCCAUAAACGUCUGCGGGACUCAAAACAUACCAAUUAACUGACUGAACGUUUUUUGCUGCUUACUGACUAAGUAGCGAUUUUUGAACUGUUUACUGACUAAGUAGCAUUUUUUCACUUUUUACUGUGACUACAGCUAUACCCCAUUGAAAUCUUCAUGUGAAAACGUCACCGUUGCUAUGGCUACAUAAUAAAUCGCGCCUUGCGCAGGAAAAAAACUAUUUAAGGUGGCUGAACACAGUUUUGCGGGCGGUUAGCGGUAACUCGUUUGACGGCGCGUGUUACAAACAUGGCGGCGAAAAAGCAAUGGUACACAGAAGACGAUUUCUCACAAUCUACUCAUUAAAAUUUCGUGAUACUAGUAUUUGGCAGAAUUUUUACUUUUAUCGUAUUUUAAAUGAUGAAAACUUUAAAAUGGAAGUUGAACAGACGAAUUUUUCGACACAUUUAAUAAUUACAGAACAGUUAUAUUAUUGAUUAUCUAAAAACGCGUGGCUUUAAAUUUGGUCAUAUAAGUUUCAAAUGGUAAUGAUUAACUAUAAUAAGCCGUGUGCAACUUUAUAGGAAAAUCUAAUGAGCGAAUUUUAAGUAAACUAAGCAGAAGUCAAAUUUUAAGGUUGUAUUCAAUCGCGAAUGUUGCCAUGGAAACUACGAAAACGUUACAUUUUACAUGUCAAUCAAAAUCUUUUAUCAGUAUAUUAUUCAAUUGCCAUGUUUUAGCUUGUGAGCUGCAACCUUUCUUUUGCCAUGAUUUGGCAAAUGACAUAUACCUACAAACUGUCAAAACUAUGUUCAGACACCGUAAGUGAAAUGGUUUGGUUUUUCAUUGGUGUUUACAUAAUAAAUAGAACAUUACGAAACACGCGAAGAGAAAUUUCGUAUCUCCAAGCGGCCAUGUAAUAUCCUCUAUAUAUGGCUUAAUAAGUGAAUACACAGUAGUAGAGACACAUAUCCAAAAGUUAGAAGAUUGCGUUACGUAAAACCUGUAAAGACCUUUAUACUGUAAUGCAGCCCAGGGAGACAUCCGCUGACAACACGACCGGUCUCUGUCCCUUCUUUUAGCGCCGUUUUGUAACUCUUUGGUUAUGAUAUAAAAACAAGAAUUAACAAAUUUGACAAGCAUUGAAGGAAAACCCGAGCAAUGAUUACCGAGGUUUGGGUGCUCACUUUUGUUAGUGCCUGAAGGUAAGCGAGGUCUGUAUUUAAGUUCUUUGUAUUACCUUUGGGCAACAGGGCGGAAGUCAAUGCUCAUAAAUAAUUUUGAUAAAAAUUGCAAUGCAUGUAGAAAUUUUGUUAAGCUUUCUUAUAGGCAAAGCGAGUUAGAUACAAAUGGAAAGAAAAUGGAUAACAGAAAUCGGCGAAGUCAUGCAUUUUGCAUCUACUUUGCUGUUACAUCAAAAUGAAACCGGAAGUGCAAUCUAAGGCCCGUUUCAAACGUCGAUCGUGUUACUGCCCUCCCGAACUCAGUUGAUCGAAUUAAAGUCUACUUUAGCACGGCAAUAGCGCGACGAUUGAAACCAAGUUGUGCUACUGUCGUGUAGCACGGCAAGCCUUAACGUGCAACACGGCAGUAGCUCGACUUGGUUUCAAACGUCGUGCUACCGCCGUGCCGAACUCAAUUCAUAAAUUAUAAUUACAUUAGAAUACAUUUAGAAGUUUGCUACACUGUUUCUUUCUUUUUGCGCUUUGUUUUAGGCAACAGCCGUUCUAUUCGACUGACUUAAUAUUAAAUUCGACGUCUGAAACCAAGUCGGGCCAGUGUCGUGCUACAGUCGAGCUACAGGACCUACAGUCGAGCCAGCUUAGCAAGGCAAUAGCACGACGUUUGAAACGGUCCUAACUUCUUUGCUAAUUUUACAAAUGGGAGUCUUAUCAAACAUGAUAUCUUCAUGAUGAAAACAAAGGUUAAGAAGAGAAAAGAAGUUCUGCUGACUAUCUAGGUCUUGAUCGUAACCAUCUUCAUUUAAUUUAAGUGAAGCCACAUGGAUACCCUGGUUUCUGUCGAUCGACCGUAACUGCUACGUAUUGCUGAGAAGAAAGGGAAUCUCCCGGAAACUAAUUCUACCUAUUAUAUGCGUCACUAUACUAAAAUAGAUGCUACGUACUACUUCUAGGAUGUGUUUGGUGGCCAAGGCAGCAUCUGCUUUCGAGUUACCCACUUUCUUUUAAUGAAAAUAAGUUCGUUUUUAGGAGAUGUGAGAGAAAAAAGUAUCAUUUUUAUAGUAUGUUUACCAGUAAUAAACUAUUUCCUCGUCAACUGAAACGCUAUUAACAAGAAUAGCCAGCGCAAAAGAGUUAAAUAUAGUUCUGAUGAAGAAUUUUCAAUGAUUUUAGUACCAUGCCAUCAAGUAUGUGGAUCAGUCGUGUUAUGUGGUCAGUCUUACUGUACUCUUCACUUCAAUAUCAAAGAACAAGUAGCAACAGAACAAUACCAGCGUCUCAUUACAACUGCGCCUGUAACGAUAAAUACGGAUUGUUCAACCUCGCUCCUUUGCAAAGUAAAGAUGGAACACCCAGGUUUGUAAUGCAAGAAAUAGAUGCAUAAGGUGGCUGUCAUUUUGCAAAUACUUUAAAUUAGCCUUUUUUUUUCUUCUUCAUCCCCAGGGCUUUUCCCUUAAAAAAGGGCAAACCCUGCGGACGAGGUUGUAAUUCAUUUAUAAUUCAUAGCUCGUUUAAUUUAGUUCAUAUUGUAAAUUAAGCGCAUUAGAUCUACGAUAGCGCUAUGUAAGUAAUGAUUUACAAUAUCAUUAAACCAAGCUGAACUAAAUUUAACCCUUUUCGGACGGCGAGGGUCGUUUUUGUCUCCAUAUAGAACGAUGCAUAUUUUCCUCUCUAGACCAAUUUAGUUUUCGGUUUAUGCUAUUGCGUUAGUCACCAGGAACGUCUAGCGAUACCCUGCUUUGGAAAUUCUGAGCAAUCCUGACAGAGUUUCAAACAAGAAAAAACCAAGUAACAUUUUAGACAAAAUUCCACUGCCGAUUAUGCCAUUUACAUGCUACUCUUUGUAGACUAAAUUUCUCCCUCUCCUAAAAUAAAUAUUUGCCAAAAAUUUNCAAUCCUGACAGAGUUUCAAACAAGAAAAAACCAAGUAACAUUUUAGACAAAAUUCCACUGCCGAUUAUGCCAUUUACAUGCUACUCUUUGUAGACUAAAUUUCUCCCUCUCCUAAAAUAAAUAUUUGCCAAAAAUUUUACUCCAAAUUUUGGCUUAUGCGCGUUCGCGAAGAACAAAAGCGCUGCGAUUUUUACUGACUAUGCUAUUCCUGACCAAAGUGAUCUUCAAACUAUUGAUUUACUUUACUAAUUAAAUCUCUUAUUUUAUUUUUUCAACAGAUUUACCGUAGCAGGUGGAGAAAGCUGGGAUUAUUCUUAUAAUCCUUGCAGCUCAUUCUGGUGUGGAAACUCUCAAGGUCAUGAUGUGGCUGUAAGUGCUUAAAAUCCGAGACCUGCAAUUUUACCUUACUGUUGGCCUCGCGUGGGCAUUACUCAAAAGAGAUGAAGUAGGAAAGGAAAUAAGCAGUAUAUCUAGAAAGUAUCAAUUUCGGGCCUUGUUACUCAUCUGGCUAAAAGCCUGAUACAAAUUUAGUAUUCAUGGAAAAAAAAAGAAAGUGUUUUCAUAAGAAAAAUUUUAAUUCUCACAACACUGGUUUGGUUAUGGGCUCCUGGUUUGAGACACAAACACCCCCCCUUUUUGUUUUGGAAAACCAAUACGGCGGCCUUAACGUCUUGUGAAAUUGCUCUACAUGUCUCAAAAAAUCUUUCAAUAUUUCAUCCAUUGUCCCUUUCGUUUGAAUUGUGUACAUUGCCUAGCCAUCAAAUGUAGAUAACUUACUAAAGGAUGUUCCAUUUGUAAACAGUAUUAUUUACUUUAUUGAAAACUAAACAAAGAAAUAAAAAAUUGUGUACAGGUAAUAGAAAACCUUUAAAAUGUACUUUAUGUGACUUUCAAUAACUAGGGUUGCUCGAUUAAUGGUCUAAUAAUUGUGUCGACGAAGGAGACGCUUUCUAAUUGAAUCGUUGGCUGUUCUGUGUGUUCGUCGGCAGCCUGUGCAUGUUCCAAGCGCGAGAAAUCGAGAAAAGAGGUUGCCGGUGUGCCGGUUCCAAAUCUGCGCCAUCUUGAAACGUCACAAAAGUAGUUCCCAAUGCGUUUCGCAACCUUUGGAUCUCUGCUUCUUCGUGGUUUUGUGGUUUAAUUAGGGAUCUUUCUUGCUUCUUUUUCCUACGAAAUUCCUGCGGUGUGAGAAAUGAACUCCUCAUAACUCAGUGUAGGAAAAAAAGGAUUAAGAUGCUUCGUUGGAACCGAUACAGGUGUCUAAGACCCUAAGGCGACGCACCGUAUAAUCUACGAUAACUGCUAGUUUUAUGAUUUUCUCAGUUUACAACCCAAUGCUUUCAACUCAUUUCAGGUUUGUAGGUGGCCUAUGAACAAUGCAAGCUACGAGGUGAUAGGAAAACAGAGCACAUUUUCAUGCGGUAAUGACAGUCAACGCCACAACAAGCCUCAAUUUGAAUACAGCUUUAACCAGUAUGUGUCGGAUUCAUUAACAAUUUAAAAAUUCGGCUUUUAUAAGAUUUGAAGAAUGAGGGGGAGAUUGAAGGGAUAUUACCGACCGAGGUGGAUAACAUCCUACGAAAAUCAUCAUACGAUCAUACGAAAACAGAAUUCAGUUAUUUAUUAUUAUUAUUAUUAUUAUUCAUUCAAAAUAUUUCCCCGAUUCUGAUUGGCUAAAAGCACACGUAUAAUUCACCAUAACCAGUUACUGAUGACCAAAUUUGGAAGAAUUUGUGUUUAACGAGGAAAUGACGCAAAAAUGCAGCGUUCUUGCAGGUAAAUGCACCGUUCACCGAGAAAAGUUGGGGACGAGGUUGAGUUGUUUUGGUUGUGAAACAAAAAAUGGCGGACAUUCCACUCGUUUCAAGAGUAAGGACUAGGCCAAAUUAUAGCUAAAAACAUAGCAAGAACACCAAUAACACAACUCGAGGGGCGACAUCUGCUAUUUGGAGAAUAUUUGCGGAGCUGAACAUUCCUAAACGAGCACUAUCGAAGGUGAACUUAACAUCGAUGGAGGUAAGCAUGUUUUAGCUUUGUUUUUACACUAGGAAUUAUUUUGAAUGAAUAAUAAAACAAUUAUUGAAUUCGGCUUUCGUAUCAUAUGAAGAAUUAUGGAUAUCUCGGAGGGUGUUAUCCGCCUCGGCCUACGGCCACAACGGAUAACACUCUCCUCGAUCUUCAUAAUUCUUCAUAAGAUACUCAGCCUCAUUCAUUAAUUGUUAAAUAUCUAAGUUCUCAGCAUUUACUCCUUUUAGUACAUUUGCCUUUUCCUCGGCAGUUUGAGAAUUUGAAGAGAUGUUUUCAAAAGUUUUUUUUAUUUUCUAUAUCUCUAGUUUGUUGUUGUUUUCUUUGUUGCUGUUGUUGUUUGCUUGUUUGUUUGGUGAUGUUUUUUCAUCCGGGCGAAUAUAUAUUCCCAUCCCAGGCGACUCUCUCAUUGUCGUAAGGAGGCUGUGGAGAAAAUAAAAGAAAGUGCGCGGGACACGAUGGGAAGGAGGAAGAUCCCAUCGUCCCCGCGCCCUUUCUAUUUUUUUAUUAUUCCUAUUUUUAUUGGGACAUCCAGCAAGAGCCUCUGCGGGGGAGUGAGAGACCGCUUUCAAACAGUUGCGGUUUUUUUGAGCGGAUUCACUAGUUUAGUGUGGACGGAUGGCCGAUUCGUGUAAAACUAAACAUAUGCGGUUUCAAAAGUAUCCGAAUUCGUGUGGACAUGACCUAAAUGUAUCAAAUAAAAAAUAAAAACAGUUGUUUUUUUCAUUACCGGUAACUGGUGAGAAACAAUCCGUUAUGAGAAUAAUAUGGUUUUUAAGACUAUAGAUUUUCUAGCUUGUUUCUCAAUUAAGGUACAUGAUUUUUCGACGGUUGUAUUUCAGAAAUGGCUCAAAACAAUUAACGUUAUUUUAUUUCGAUGUUACUUAGUCGUUUUGAACUCUACGAAUCACAACUGGAAGCAAGAUAACUUGAUUCUCUUAGUCAAAGUUAGCCUGCCUCUGAGCAAGCUCCAUUGGAGGCUCAAUUUUUCUCCCUCACCCCUUAGAGCCGCCCGGAGAGCUUGCUUGCAAGCUAGUACAAACUGUAUAUCGGCCGUCUAACCAUAAUGAACACUUGAUGACUGGUUUCUCGCGAAACAGUUAAUUUUGUUAAUUUCUGGAAAUUCAUUAAACCUCGCUAUAACGGCGAUCGUCGGUCAAUAUUCGCGAGUAGCAUUGCAUUGUUACCCUCUGACGUCAUAAAUUUUUUGUGAGAUGUCAUGUGACCCCGAAGUAACCAACUAAUAAUGGUUUAACUGUGAUAAUAAUUAUGAAACCUAGAAAUAAAGCCCAGUAAACAUGAGUCAAUUUUAAUCUUCAGGCCAGGGUGGAAAGUGAUAAUCAAGCUUCAAUGUAAUCCCAAAUUGGUACGAGUCGACGAAGCAAAAUUCAGCAUUACUCGAGAUACUGAGAGCCCCUGGGUAAGUUUUCUUGCGUGUCGUCGUUAGUAAAGUCCUUAGUAUAGUGAAAAACCGGGAACAGUGAAUUUUCUGUCGGCAAAAAUCGUGUCAAAGUAACAUUUCAUACCUUUCUUUUUCAGAUAUUUCUUUUGGAGCACAAGUGUGCCUGCGCAAAUGGUUGUGAAAAUACAUUCAGUAGUACGAGUACGAGUAGUACUAGUAGUUCCACAAGUAAGUUUGAGGCGCGUCACGUUUACAUGAAGCUGUAUCUCACCAUAUCUUGGCAACAUGCAGCGUAUGCUCAACAAAGUUCUUAUUUCAUUCAUGCAGAGUAUUUCUAAAGUACGCCAGAAUCGAUUUAGCAAAAAGGCUGGCAGUGUGGUUUCAAUCUUAGGGACCAGUGCCUCUGGUCAGGUCGUUAUUUUAGUGAUGUUAUGUUCUUGAUACAUCACCGGGGUAGUCUGAAUGAAGGUGGACCUCUCCUCAGGGUCGGAAAGUGGCCGUUGAAGGGAGGUUAAACUAGAGGCUCAAUGAAUGUAACCGCGCCAGAUGCUAGACUGUGUGAAAAGCGGCACUCGAAAGAUAUGAUAUUCUCCUCGCUACUAUUUUUCUUUCUUUCAACUAGUUCUUCGAUUUUUCAACUUUGAACUGAGAGUAUUGCAAAGAUAGAAUCAUAAAAAGCAUGCAAUAACUAAGUAAGAAUGUCCCUGUCCUAAUCUUUUGCAUUGCCCUCUCUAAUCAGAAUAUCUCCUUUAUUGAAAUUUCCAGCGAGCGCCCCUAAUGACUGGGAGGAGAUCGGAGUACCAGUGUGCAUCGCUGCUGGAUCCGUAUUAUUUGUGCUUUGGGGAAUGUUUAUUGUGUUCCGAUUAAUCAGUGGAGGAGACGUCAAUAGAAGAGAGAGGGAAGGGGAAAGAGAAGGUCUACUAAAUGGAGAUGGAAUGGCUGGGCGAAAUGGUAACUUGAACGGUCCGCAAGCCGACGGAAAUAAUUUACAAUCUCAGCCUGUCUCAAUGACCUCUACCUCCGACACUUACUACGAUGCUAAUGAUACUAGUCUGCCUAAAGUUGGAAGUUUGCCUGUUUGA